GAAUUAGUUUCCAACAGCAGAGCAAACUACACAGACUUGCCAUGAAUCGCUGGUUGAAUCGCGUUGCCGUAGUCACAGGAGCCAGUGCUGGAAUCGGAGCAGCCUGCUGCCGAGAUCUGGUGGCCAAGGGAAUGGUGGUAGUGGCAUUGGCGAGGAGGGACAAGGUCCUUAAGGACAUAAAAUCCUCCCUGCCCGCCGAUCAGGCUGCCCGGUUCCACUUUCGCCCUUGUGACGUCAGCAAAGAGCAAGAAGUCGUUGAUGCCUUCGCUUGGAUCGACAAAACUCUGGGCGGUGCUGACGUGCUUAUCAACAACGCGGGGAUUGUGCGAAACACCACCCUAACGGAUCUGGGCAACUCGGAUGAUUUGCGGGCCAUCCUGGAGGUCAAUGUGCUGGGAGUGACCUGGUGCACCCGCGAGGCGUUCCAGUCGCUGCAGCGCCGCAAGGUGAACGAUGGCCAUGUGGUGAUCAUCAACAGUGUGGUGGGUCACAAAGUGCCUGUGGUGGAGGACUUCAGCUGGAACAUUUACCCGGCCUCCAAGCACGCCAUCACAGCGUUGGUAGAGGUCCUGCGCCAGGAGUUCAACCAAAAGGGCACCAAGACCAAGAUUACUAGCAUCAGUCCCGGCGUGGUGGCCACUGAGAUCUUCGAAGCCGGCUCAUGGGAGUACCCAACUGGCAGGCCAAUGCUUCGAUCGGAGGAAGUUGCCGAUGCAGUGAGCUAUUGCAUCCAAACGCCACCCAAUGUGCAGAUCCAUGAACUGAUAAUCAAGCCAGUGGGCGAACACUUCUAAAAAGUUUAUUCCGAUAAGCAACAAUGCAUCUUAUCUUAAAAAUUAGUAAUCGGGAUGUCACUUAUGAGGAGGUUUAAUUGAAAAGUCUAUGCAGUAAAUACUCAAUUGAAAACUCAAGCACACUAUAAAUUUUAUAACAACUUGAUAAGAAUAAAAGCGUAAGCAAAAUCAUUUUUAUAAAAAAAUUAAUUGAAUCGAAUUUAUAGCUAAACCAAAUGAAAUACAUUGUUUGUAUUGAAAGGUUUUUAUUUUAAAUUAAAAUAGUUUUGACAACCAUUAAAA